AUGCCGCUUCGCGAGACGGACCCGGAUUUCGAGAAUGAGAUUCUCGAACAGGCCAAAGCAGCGUUAGACGCAAAAUUCGGAACUUGCCAAUAUGAUCUCCCACUGCCGCUCCUCCUCGUCGAUGAAGAUGCAGAGAAGCCACUGGAAUGCCAUGAACCUAUUGAGGAGACCAAUGCUGUCAGCGCCCACUUGUCGGCACGCAUUCAUGCCUUCUAUAAGCAGAUUGCCGCUGCCUACAACGAGACUAAGGACCCUCCAGUCACCAUCGCCAUCAAGGUCGAAAUUCAGCCGCAGAAAUUUGACCCAGAGAAGCCAAGUUGCCACCAUCGCAGGUAUCACUCGCGCCGCCUGAGGCUGCAGGACCCCGAGACACUACCAGAUCUUCCCUUUGUGAGCAAAUUGGCCAUCAGGUCAAGAUCGUACGGCUCCGGCGCCGAGAAUGCGACAGACAUACGUCCUCUAUCUCCCCUCGUGCCAUUACAGUGCCUUGUCCACCUGCCAGCUGUCCAAGAAUGGAAUGCCCCCUGGUUAUGGGAGCGGCCUAUGCCGGCCUCUAUGCCAAGUAGGGUGAUGCGCGAGCACUACACCUGGCCAUGGGAGGGCCCCCUCCGAGAUGCCCGCCACGAAUUCGGCGCUGCCAUCAUGGACCAAAAGAAGUACCUUGGCGGCAAGAGCAUCCCGACCAGUCUGACCAGAGCCGCAUUGCACUUCUGGCCUUUCUUCUCGCGCCCCAAGCAUGACGAGUCCGUGGCACGGCCGAACCUGAUUCAUCCCGCGGAGAAAGAUCCGGUCUCUAUCGGCCUGUGCAAGCUCGGUGCGCAGCUAAGCCUGUUUGACGUGCGUGCUAUGGUCACUCCGGACAUGUUUCCCAGUCCCGAGGCGCCAGAGGACCAGCAGUGGACACAGAUGCGGCGAUUCCGGCUCGAGUUCCAUUCGCUUCGCCCCGACGGGCGGUGGUACUUUGUCGGCCCUGAUGGCGAAGAUCCACACGACUCUGAACAAGGAGGCUACAAGAUCUCAGACACAGAACAUUACCCCCGCGAAACCGACACGGAGGAGGAUGAGAACCUCGACUCUGAGUAUGGCGAUAACCCGGACGACGAGUACGAUUACGAUUUGAAUAUGUUCCGUGUUGAGCCCUGCAGGGAGCGGAUCGAGCCUCUGCUUGCAUCAUUUGCAAAGUCACUGACUCGUGAUAAUAUGCCGAGCCUCGAGGAAGCAGAGAUUUUCACGCACUUGUGGUGGGACCCUUCAGAGGACAGAGAAGUGGAGAAAUAUGACCUUCCAAUGAAAAACGGUCAUAGAUGGGGCGUCAAGUUCAUUGCUGGGCGUGGUAACAAGAGGCAGAAGGCCGACGAUGCCGCUGGUCAAGAACUAACACCGCCGGUGGUGCAGUGGCAGGUUGGCGACUGGAGACCCAGCGAGGAAGUCAUGAGUUUGUUCGAAAGCUUAGGAAGGCAGGAGUGGCUUGGUUUCGAGUGGGACAAGUAUAGAUCUACGUCUGGACGCGACUUGCUGGGAAACAGCGAGUCUUCCCCUAUAUAG